AUGUUUUCUAUUUUAGUAAUCGACAUACAGUUGUUGGACAUUGUAAAAGAGACGGGCAGAAGAGUUGGCUCUCGGGUUCACGGAGAAGAAGGUUCCAGCCAAAUUCUGCAAGUUACUUCUGAUUCUCUGGUCGUUGUACCAGUUCCUGAACAUCUGAACAUGAAAUCGUUAGAGUCUCGUAAUGAGGUGGUAGAAACCAUCACAGGCAACUGGCCAUACACAUCUCCUGGUAUUCCCGGUCUCGUAAAGCAAUUGUUAGAUUCCUUCCCCUCUCGGUGCCUGGUGGACAAGGAAGAUAACCUCAUUGGCUACGCAUUGGGGCAGUCUUGGGGUUCGCUGGGGAUGUUGUUUGUUAGACCGGAGUACAGGGGACGAGGGUAUGGCAGGGUGAUCAUAUCUCAGCUGGCAAAUGUUUACGUCACGAACGGACAAAGUUCUGUUGUUUGUAUUUAUGAGAGUAACCCGGCUUCAAAAAGGUUGCAUAAGAAACUUGGGUUCAAGCUAAUUCCCGAACUGUGUGUGUCAUGGUUGACUAUGGUUCCGGUUUAA